AUGUGGAAACCUUACAGCUCUUUCUUGAGUGGACUACAACGACAUUUCGUCUGCAAUGACCAUUGGGGGCCAGCGGUCAAAUCCAAGGUGGGCGUGCCAGAGGGGUGUCCCCUUGCGGUAGCACAAAUGAUUAUCCUAACAUGGAUGUUCACAAACUUGGUGCAACAAAGACAUGCAGUCGACCUGCACUCCUAUGUGGACGAUUGGACAUUAUUGGAUACGGAAGAUGAGACCAUCACAACCGCCCUCGCUACAGUGGCCGAUCUGGCCAAGGCAACGGGAUUGAUCCUCAACAUCAACAAGUCUUGUAUUUUUGGCACUAAACCAGCAAGGACGCGAGUGCUGAGGCAAAAACUCCACGAUGCUGGCUACAAUGUCAAAUAUGAGACAAAUAUGCAAGGAUUGGGGAUUCAGUUCCAGACUCAGACGAGAGCGUCCACAACAAAAAGAGAUGAAAGGAUGAAGAAAGGAGCUCAACUUUUGGAACGUCUUCAAUUUAUGCCAUGGAAGUAUGACGUCAAGGCUGCGGUCAUUGCAAGAGGUAUAUUACAGAAAUGCCUUUACGGUUGCGAAUGCUUUCCAGUGGGUAAGACGUUCCUCCGAUCACUGAGAGCUAAGUGCAAUCAUACGGUAUGGAACAAACAGCAAUACCAUUUGCAUUUUUUGGUCCCGAUUAUGUCACGUUACGUCUUCGAACCAGCUCUUCACGUGAUACGAAGAAGACAUGCUACUUUGAUGCGAAUGUGGGCUCGCAACAAGGAAUUGGUCAUGGAUGCAUGGAAAAUUGGGAUUGAUGGCAGCCAUAACUUCAAGGCAGGCCAAGGUUGGGGCCCGAUCACACAUUUUCAGCAGAUGCUACGGGACUGGGAAUGGACACUUGAUGCUACUGGGAAAUGUACCCUUCCAGAUGGCUGGUCUUUUAACAUUUGGGAUCUUUCCACCGCGCAGUUCAAAUUGAUUACAACGCAAUCAUGGGAGAGGGUGGUGCUCGCAGACUUACAAGCCAAACAGAACCUCCACGAUAUUGAGGACUUCUGCAUCAAAUCUUCCAAAUACCCACGGAACGAAGAUUCAAUGGUGGAAGGCUUUAUGAACAAGGUACGGCUGGGAGGGCUUUUCCCAAAUGGCAGGAAACACUCCGUAGAUUAUAACAACGACAAGGAAUGCAUCUUCUGUGGACAGGAGGACACGCUCAGGCAUAGAGUCCACGAAUGUCCAGGAACAGAACACAUCCGGAACUCAACCACGGAUUGGGAUCAACUCAAAGCCUUGCCUGACCACAUGCUCCUGGGAGGCCUCUUUCCAAAGCCACAAAAGCUGAAGCAAUUCCAAAAGGCCCUUAUGGAAGUGGACAUCCAGAUCUCCCCUUUGCCUUCUAAUGGAUCUACGCGUAUCUUUUUUACUGAUGGCUCGGCGCAGGAUGAAGGUAUUCCUUUGGCCAGGGUUGCCAGUUGGGGUGUGACGGAAGCUCAGUCGAAAGAAUCUACAAACCGCGCCAUUUCCUCAGGUAUCCUGCCAGGUGUGUUACAAACAGUCUUCCGGGCUGAGCUCUUUGCAGUGAACGUCGCACUUGCGUAUGAUGGAAGCUGUGAAAUCUAUUGUGACAACCAAGCAGCAGUCAAAGUGGUACAAGCUGUCAUGAAUGGAAACGACACCUUGGAUUAUUGGGUCACACACCCGGACCGUGACCUGAUUCAAACCACAAUCAAUAUUCUGAAGAGGAAACAACCAGGCAGUUGCAAAAUCUUCUGGACCAAGGCACACAAAUCAUUACAUGAUGCAAAGGAUUUUUUCGAGCUCUGGCAGAUACAUCACAACAACCGUGCAGAUGUUCUGGCAAAACAAGCUCUUCAUUUCAUGUCUGACGAACUCCGCAAAAGAAGGAACGAUCUGGUAUGGGAAUUCAGAUGUUUCCUCAAAACCAAGCUGAACUCCGCUCUCCUGCUGAGAAGGAUCUUUGACGAAUUCCCAUAA